GUUUGCUUGUGGUAACAGUCAAUGGCGCGGGUGCCUUCUUGCAGUUCCUCUAUGUCACUCUGUUUUUGAUCUAUUUGCUCCCAAGGGGACAAAGGUUAAAGCUAUGAAGUUAGUAGCAAUAUUCAACGUGGGGUUUAUUGGGUUGGUGAUAGCAGUAGCUUUUCUUGCAAUUCAUGGCAAUGUGAGGCAUACCUUCGUGGGAAUUAUAUGUGCAGGACUAACUAUAAUCAUGUAUGCAUCUCCUUUAUCAGCCAUGAUAAAUAUAUACUUGAAGGUCAUAAAAACAAUUGCCUUCAAUGUCAAGAGAUCAAAGACGAUUAAAAAUAUAAAAGCAAUGUUACAUAGUAAGGAGGGCAUCUCAGAAAAUCUUCAGGAGCUUUUCUUGACUGGUGAGCGGCUUCAGGAUGACAAAAAGCUAGUUGAUUAUGGUAUUCAGAGGAACUCCACUCUCCAUCUUGUUCUCCAAGCCCCGGGUACCAUCACAUCGGAAAACCAUUGAGAUUGAAGCAAAGCCAAACGAUACCAUCUAAAACAUCAAGUUAUUGAUUCAGGCCAAAGAGGGGAUUCAAUCAGAUAAGUACACCCUAAUCUAUGCUGGAAAGCUACUUGAAGAUAACCGGACUUUGGCCUCGCUCAAGAUACAGGGUGAAUCUACUCUCCAUUUGGUCUUCAAUCCGAGAGAUCUGUCGUCCGUUUCAGUGAAAAUGCCUCCUGGAGAAAUCAUGAAACCGGAAGUUAAGGUCAUGCACACUGUCCGUGAUGUCAAAGAUAUAAUUGGGAGCAUGGUUCGUUUCCUGGUUAAUGAUUGGAAUGUGUGAUAUAUGCAGGAAAGCAACUUGAGGAUUCAAAGACAAUGGCUUUUUAUAACAUCACAGAAGAAUGCAUCUUAGAAAUGUUUCCUCCUCCAUUUCAGAUAUUUGUUAAACAGUGGAGUGGUGGUACUGUGACCCUUAUUGUCCGGCUACAGAACACUGUCAAAGAUGUUAAGAAAAAGAUUUUCGUCAAGCUGGGCUUGCCGGUUGAUGUUCAGGGUCUUGUUUUUGCUGGCAAAAGACUCGAGGAUGACUGCGAUUUGGCUAGUUACAACAUCCAGAAGGACAACACUCUCCGCAUAAGCAUAUAUAAGCUUUUGAAAACGUUGAUAUAGGUAUUGGUGAUCUGAAAACGUUGGUCCGAGAGAAAGUGAAAAAACCAGUGAAGGAAGCAUUCCUCAGAGGAAAGAAACUGAGAGAGCAGCUUUAUCUGAGUAAGUAUCUUCAUGAUUGGGAAAUUACAUCAUCCGAGACUAAGUUGUUAAAUAGGUUGCACCUUGAUCAGAUAUUUUGGGACUAUUUGUUUUGAGAAUUCCUUUUGGACGUAACUUGCAUUACCUAACUUUUCUUUUAAUUUGGCCAGUAUUGUUUUCUUCAUCA